AUGGAAAGCACUUCUGACAGUCACCUCGUUGAGACUCGGAGGGUCGUCGAGGGACUCGUCAGCCGGAUGGAUGAGCGGUCGGUGAUUGAGCUACGGUUACAAAGCCAACCCAGCCGGGGAGAGGCUUGCAUCUUCCGGAGUGAUCGCGUCGCGAAGGGCCUGUGGCCUUGUCCUCGGAUUGUCUCCAUCGGGCCCUUGAGCGACUGCCUAAUCAAGACGGAGGAGCAAAAAUGGAGGUACCUCACUUCCUCCUUGAGCGAUAAUAAAUAUAUAGCCUUAGAGGACAUUGUAACCAGCAUACGCCCACUUGAAACGAAAGCCAGAAAGUGUUAUGAAUCUGAUGACUGGGAACACGACAUGGAAUCCGUUGAUUUCCUCCAAGGUUUGGUUCUUGACGGUUGUUUUAUAAUAGAAUUGUUUCUCAGGGUUAAUUCUUUGAAACAGUUCGAAGCCGACGACCCUCUUUCCAGGAUGUUAUGGACAUCUCCAGAUCUCUACGGUGAUCUUCUUCUGCUCCACAAUCAGAUCCCCUUCUUCGUUCUGGAGAAGUUGUACGACACUUCCGUUUACAGCAAGUACCGCGAGCCGUUGCCCUUUCUUGCUAUGCGAUUCUUCAACAAAGUGUUGCGCCGGCCUCAGAAAGUUGUAGAUAGAUAUCGCAAUUUCAAAGAUAGUUGUUUGCACUUGCUGGACUUAGUUCGGUCAAGUUUUAUCCCACCCGAACAAGAGCAGGCACGGAAGAAGGGCAGCGGACGGGACCUCCGUAUUAUUCCCUGCAUCUCGAAGCUCGUCCGUUCGGGAAUUAAGGUCAAUCCGGUCAAAGAGGACAGCUUCUUAUCGGUGAGAUUCAAGCGCGGAGUGAUUGAGAUGCCCGACAUAAGCGUCGACGAUUUCAUGAUCAGUUUCUUGAUUAACUGCAUCGUAUUCGAGGAGGAACGCAACAACACCACCAAGCACUUCAUGUCGUACGCUCAUUUCUUGAAUUGCCUUGUGAACAGCGACAAGGACGUCGAGUACCUUAGCGAACGCAGAGUACUCGACAAUUACGUUGGGUCGGACGGCGAUCUUGAGAAAUACGUCAGCCACUUGGGCAGGUCCUUGUUGUUUGGUUUUGAUCAGUUUUAUCUGUCCAAUUUGUUCAAUGGCGUGGAGGACUAUUAUAGGAAGGACUUCAAUUGGCAGUGGGCGAGCUUCAAGAGUACGUAUUUUAACACGCCAUGGACGUUCAUCUCAGCAAUGGCUGGCUUUGUGCUCCUAGUGCUCACGUUUUUGCAGACCUUCUACACCAUCUAUGCCUAUGUGCAUCCUAAAACCUAA